UCAGGGUUGAUGUUAUGGAAGAAUCAGGAUUGAUGUUAUGGAAGAAUCAGGAUUGAUGUUAUGGAAGAAGCGGCGGCGGAAAGGAGCGGGCGCGGACUGGUGAUGGGGGUGGAGGAGUCGAUCGUGGUAAAGCAUGCAAGAGAGGAGGUCAGCAAGGGGCAUGUCGGGUUCGUGGGCGAGGGCGGUUGCGAGAUCUUUGUGGCAUACUCGCUUGAUGCAGGAGAUGAACGCAAAGUCGGGAAUGACGGUGGUGGGGAGGUGAUGGCGAAGGGAGCGGAUGUAUUGGACGAAGCGGUCCGUGGGACCGGUCUGGCGGAGGUGACAAAAUUCUUCGAGGCAAUAAUCGAUGAUUUUCUGGGGGCGGAAGGUGGCAAUGAGAAGGUUGGCCCAUUGGAGGACGAAGUGACGCGGUCCUCCGGAGGCGCGGCGGUUGCUGAGUUCGGCCAUCCACCAUUUGGCGGCAUUGCCGAGGAGGCGGGAGGUGGCAAUGGGAAGCCAGUGGACAAGGGGCAUGUGGUGGAGAUUGAAAGGGUUAUGGAGCUAGGUAAGGAAGAGGAAAACGUCCUCGUGGGCAAGGCCGGAGAAGGGCAUGAUGUCGGCGGAUCGGAAGGAACGGGGGAUUUUCCCUUCGCGGGAAACGAUCCGGGCGAGGGUGUUGAAGUUGAGGUUAUCGGGGGUAGUGUCGUAGCAGGUGUAAUCGAAUUGGCUGUUGUCGUCAAGGAGGUAGUUAAAGGAAGUUGUGGCAUUGCGAGGUAAACCCCGGAGGUGACUUGGGAAUAGGUGGGACGGGGGGUGGGGAUGGUGGAGGUCGUCAUGAUGCGUUGUGAGA